AUGCUCUACGGCGGUCCCUUAGGCACUUAUCUCAGCGGCUACUACGCUCCAGGUAGCGCAAAAAGUGGUAGUCCUAGUUUUACCAGCACUGGAAGUGGACCACCUUCUAGCAGUGGGCUAACGCGUCCUAGAGGCGGCCGUUAUCGUGCUCCUUCGGCCUACGGCGCACCCAGCGGUGGAACUAACUCCUCUGGCUCGCUUUCCACUCCACCUUCAAGUAGAUCAACUUUCUAUACACCACAAACUCGAAGGAAGUACUCCGAUGAUGUAAGUAAAGCGUUGAGAUAG